AUGGAUCACGAAGAAGAUGAUCCAUCAGGAGUUGGAAAGGCGGAAGAAUCCCAGGACACUUGUACUCGCCGAUGGUCGGCCUACCUGCAAGCGGACAAAGGACCCGGGACGUCUCGGCGAGGAAGGGAUGAUACCGCAUUAAAAACUCAGACAAACGUAGAGCCGAGGGAUGGUCGGAAAAAUUCCGGUUCAGCAUUGACGCUAGAGAAAAAUUCCUGUCCUUCCUGGGACGAUGGCUUUAGCCAUAAGCAAUCAACUCACCAUUAGCUAACACAAAAGGGGAAUGGAUUUCCUUAAAGAGACUGGAUACCUCCUGGCAUGCCUUACUUUAUUAUCCACUAAAUCUUAUAGAAUAUACACAUUAAACUUCUAAUUUAUGCCGUCAACUGACCGACUUGGUCCUCCUCUUUAUGCAGCCUUUACGUCACAGACCUAAUGGAGAAGUCAGAGAGAGUAUAAACGCACUGGCUAGUGGAUCCAAAUAUUCAGAUCCUCCGGUCGGUAGUAAGUAAGCUAGGAAAGAUGACGGCGAUAAAAAUUCUUCGACAUUAAUUUUACAACUUCGUGGGAGUGCGAAAAUGGCAAUAAAAUCAGCAUCGUGGAAUGUAAGGGGGUCAAGGGGGUCGACUUUAUGAUCUGCAAAAAUACAAGUCAUUUGGGCUGACCCUCUGGAUUUCUCUCCAGACUAGCUUUAAGAAGGACGAAUAUUUAUUUGAUUAUAGCAUUUGAAACCUCGUUAACAUGAUAUCAAGUUCACAUUAACAGAGUUACCCCAUAUUAAAAAAAAACAAGUAAAAUUAUAUCAAGGCUUACGGCAAGGCCCGAGAAGUAAAUAUUUCAUUUGAAGUUUAUUGGGCAACAACGAAUUUCAAAUUGUUGACUAAUGUUGUACGUGGAGUGCUCUGGCAAAGACAGCUGUAGGUGCAUUAUAUAACGACAAUUUGAUAAGAUACCGAAUGUUUCGUGUCAUCCCGAGAGUCAUCGACUUUUAAAGACGUCAUUAUAAUGGCAGUUUUGUCGCAAUAAGGUGCAACUCUAGUGAAUAAAUAACCAAAACUUAGCGGAUAGUGUUGCCUAAAAGGAACAAACAUAGUAUCAGUAAGUUAAUGAAUACCGCACACGACUACUCUAAAAAAGAAAUGGAAACUGGACGAUAAUCUAGUAACGAACUAGAAUUGGAUUGCCUUUAACUAUUUGGAGAUGUGCUCUAAAAAAUAUGAUCCACCUGCUACUUUUUUGAGCCAUCAAUCUUCAAUCUUCGAUAUACUUCCAUGAUGUUAGUUUAUUGUAUAAAUUGUCCUUUGAAAAUAUAUUGUAACUAAUCAUCAUAUUAUUUAUAAUCACAUAAGUGCAUAUGUAUAUGUAUAUUUAUAUAAGGGAAUUCUCGGAAAAUUUCGAUGAUCUAGUCUGGAGUGCCCAUCCCCCAAAGAUCUCAAUUGCUCAUCUUUUCUUAAAAACAGAGGAAGCUAAGGUAGAAUUAGAAAAUUCGUAAUCAUAUACAAUUAGACUUGCUACGGUCUGUUCCAUGUUUCUCUCUUGUCCCUUAGUCCGAAAAUUCAUAAUCCCAUCGAAAUGUGUGCCCCUAAAAAAUUCAAAAGUCCAUCGAAGUAUGUUCACCUCAAAAAUGUUGAUGGCUCACCUUGCACCAUAGAGCCCUCUUUUGGGCACCGCUGGAUCUAGUACUUAACAAUUGGUAUGAAUUUUUACCUGAGGACGAAAACUGAAUAUCGACUCAUAUUUCGGAUGAAAACAUUUAACAAAUUAGUUUAAGUUACUGCAAGUAAUAAGUCAUAAAAGUUUUAAAUAGUGUCAAUAAAAUAAAUCUAACUAAAACUAAAAAAAAAAAAAUCUCAUGUGAUCAAAUGUUGAUUUAAUGCGUUACCAGCAGUUAGUGAAUAUAACAUAUUUAUAUCUUAAAUGUAUAUUUAUUGAAAAUAUUUCACCAAUAUAUAAUAUGCUUACCAUGAAUAUCGGAACUAGAACAAAAAGCGACUCUUAAUAAUUCUUCCUUAAGAUACAUAGUCAAAAUCUUGCUCACCUGAAAAAAAAAAAUAAUGAUUAGAUUAAUAUGGUAUAAAUAAUAAAUAUGUAAAUAUACAUUUAAGUUGAGAAUUAAAUCGCAACAGACGUUGACUGAAUCAAUUUAUUA